CUGCGGUCCAGUCCCGGGGGCCUUAGGUUGCUGGCGAUGGGCACUGGGGGCUGGAGGCCUUGGCUUUUGCUGCUGCUGCCGCCGCCAACGACCUGUCAUCGGGGUCCUGCGUAAGGGCCGGCUGGCCCGGACUUGCCUGUGGGGUGGGAUGGACUGGUUGCCGGACCAAGUCCCCUGCAGUUGGCAGGAGUAUGGGGCGGAGUGAUGCACGCCCGAGCGUCCAGCAUCGUUCUAGUUGUCAGAGACAUCGCUUCGGACCGUGCGCUGCCGGUGGCUGCGUUCCCGAGCCGGGAGCCUCUUUCCCGGGGUUGGAACUACGCUGCGCGGCCAGUGGGAGGUCCCCAAGGACGGAGUCGAAAGGUCAUAUCUUAUCUGUCAGUGCUGUGUGACAGCAUCGCGACGGCACCUGCAGAACCUGAACAACUAGAUCCGUAAUGCCUUCUGCCUGGCUCUUUCAAGAUGGAGGGGAAACCUGUGGGAGAGCCUACUCAAGUGGUGUCUAAAGUCAAACUUUCCAGCAAGGUAGAAAGCACAGGACACUGGCUGGUGGAAGAUCAUGCUCGAAUAUGGGAAGUGUUAAAGACAGACGAGAGCUCGAUUCAGGACUGGGGUGAAGAGGUAGAGGAAGGAGCUGUUUACCAUGUCACCCUCAAAAGAGUCCAGAUUCAACAGGCUGCCAAUAAAGGAGCAAGAUGGCUAGGGGUUGAAGGGGACCAGCUGCCUCCAGGACAUACAGUCAGUCAGUAUGAGACCUGUAAGAUCAGGACCAUAAAAGCUGGCACCUUGGAGAAGCUUGUGGAGAACCUGCUGACGGCUUUUGGAGACAAUGACUUUACCUAUAUCAGCAUCUUCCUGUCAACGUACAGAGGUUUUGCCUCCACUAAAGAAGUGCUGGAACUGCUGCUGGACAGGUAUGGAAACCUGACAAGCCCAAACUGUGAAGAAGAUGGACGGCAAAGUUCAUCCGAAUCCAAGACGGUGAUCAGGAAUGCCAUCGCCUCGAUCCUGAGGGCCUGGCUUGACCAGUGCGCAGAGGACUUCCGAGAGCCCCCUCACUUCCCUUGCUUACAGAAACUGCUGGAUUAUCUCAAACGGAUGAUGCCAGGCUCCGAUCCAGAGAGAAGAGCACAAAAUCUUCUUGAGCAGUUUCACAAGCAAGAGGUGGAAACCGACAAUGGAUUUCCCAACACCAUGUCCUUCAGCCUGGAAGAGGAAGAGGAACUGGAGGGUGGAGGGUCCGCAGAAUUCACGUGCUUCUCAGAGGAUCUGGUGGCAGAGCAGCUGACCUAUAUGGAUGCACAACUAUUCAAGAAAGUAGUGCCUCACCACUGCCUGGGCUGCAUUUGGUCUCGAAGGGAUAAGAAGGAAAACAAACACUUGGCUCCUACGAUCCGUGCUACCAUCUCUCAGUUUAAUGCCCUCACCAAAUGUGUUGUCAGCACCAUCCUGGGCGGCAAAGAACUCAAAACUCAACAGAGAGCCAAAAUCAUCGAGAAGUGGAUUAACAUUGCCCAUGAAUGUAGAAUCCUGAAGAAUUUUUCCUCCUUAAGGGCCAUCGUUUCGGCACUCCAGUCCAAUUCCAUCUAUAGGUUAAAAAAGACUUGGGCUGCGGUCCCAAAGGACCGAAUGCUGAUGUUUGAAGAACUUUCAGAUAUCUUCUCAGACCACAAUAACCAUUUGACCAGCCGGGAACUUCUGAUGAAGGAAGGAACCUCAAAAUUUGCAAACCUGGACAGCAGUGUGAAAGAAAACCAGAAGCGGACACAGAGGCGGCUUCAGCUCCAGAAGGAUAUGGGUGUGAUGCAGGGAACUGUGCCCUACCUGGGCACCUUCCUGACUGACCUGACCAUGCUUGACACUGCUCUUCAGGACUACAUUGAGGGUGGGCUGAUAAACUUUGAAAAAAGGAGACGGGAAUUUGAAGUGAUUGCCCAAAUAAAGCUCUUACAAUCCGCCUGCAACAGCUAUUGUAUGACCCCAGACCAAAAGUUCAUCCAGUGGUUCCAAAGGCAGCAGCUCCUAACAGAGGAGGAGAGCUAUGCCCUCUCAUGUGAGAUCGAAGCUGCUGCCGAUGCCAGUGCCACCUCGCCCAAGCCUCGGAAGAGCAUGGUGAAGAGGCUCAGCCUACUGUUUCUGGGGUCGGACAUUAUCACCAGUAGCACUCCCACCAAAGAGCAGCCCAAGUCCACUGCCAGUGGCAGCUCUGGUGAAAGCAUGGACUCCGUCAGUGUGUCAUCCUGCGAGUCAAACCACUCAGAGGCUGAGGAGGGCUCUCUCACUCCCAUGGACACACCUGAUGAUCCUCAGAAAAAGCUUUCCGAGUCUUCCUCAUCCUGUUCCUCUAUCCAUUCCAUGGACACAACUUCCUCAGGGAUGUCGUCCUUAAUCAACCCCCUCUCCUCCCCUCCGUCCUGCAACAACAACCCAAAAAUCCACAAGCGCUCCGUGUCCGUGACAUCCAUUACCUCGACAGUGCUGCCUCCCGUUUACAACCAACAGAACGAAGACACCUGCAUUAUCCGCAUCAGUGUGGAGGACAACAACGGCAACAUGUACAAGAGCAUCAUGUUGACGAGCCAGGAUAAAACUCCCGCUGUGAUCCAGAGGGCAAUGCUGAAGCACAACCUGGAAUCGGACCCAGCUGAGGAGUAUGAGCUGGUGCAGGUCAUCUCGGAGGACAAAGAACUUGUGAUCCCAGACUCCGCAAAUGUCUUUUAUGCCAUGAACAGCCAAGUGAACUUUGACUUCAUUUUGCGCAAAAAGAACUCCAUGGAAGAGCAAGUGAAGCUGCGUAGCCGGACCAGCCUGACAUUGCCCAGGACUGCUAAACGGGGCUGCUGGAGCAACAGACACAGCAAAAUCACCCUCUGAAGGGAGGGACCAGUGGCCCCUGCUUGCCAAAGGCAGAGUGGGGCCAGAACAGGCCGUGGUGAUUGCAACUACCAUCCAGUGUUAGAGAAUCGUUGGUGAAGUCAGCAGAUAUUUAUUGGGUACCUCUGGUGUGCAAGGCACUGUGAUAGGCAUUGUGGGGAAAUCAGAGAUGAAUUUGACAUGAAAAAGAUGAACGAUUCGCUGAUUCUCUUUGACCUAUUUGAGACUGAAAUGAAAAAUUAUCCACAUUUAUAAAUAUAUAUAUGUACACAUAUUUGGUGUGUAUGUGUAUGUAUAUAAAUAUAUGAGGGACUUACGGGAUAUUCUGGACUAUGGAGAAACAAAUUUGCACAAUGGCCUAGGAAGCUGAGGUCACUUUUUACAGGGAAGUAGAAGGAACUGAGAACCUAGUCUCAUACCUUCCAGGUAAAUGUAAUCAGUCCUAGGAAUCCAGAGUGUCCUCUGUGCCAGUAUUACAAGAAGUCCAAGCUAUUUUUAUAAAGGGAGAGGACUACUUUCUCAAUAAAGUGCCACCAGAAAAGAACAACCGCAGAGGCUGGAACUGCCACGGCUGAAUGAAAGGCCACCUUGGAAAGGGUUUGGAUGAGCCGGUGGCUCUUGACCUCUGUCUGCAUCUGCCGCUUUCUGCUGCCCCAGGGAGGGCAAGGAGGAGCUUCCGAGGCUCGUCUGCCCACUGGUCCAGCCAUCACGACACCUCUGGAGUCAACACAAGCCCAUUUGGAUUUCUGGCCCCCGCAUUGUGUUUCUGUUCUCCCCGCUAAAGAACAUAUCACAACCAUUAUUGCACAAACAGCUUUGUUCUUUGGUAACUUAUCAGCCAGAAAAGAAAGCGCAAAAGAAUGAUGACUCAGUGGGACUCUUCUCUGUCUUGGAAUGCCACUACUUCAUUGCCUUUUUCAAUUGCGUUUUGCAUGGAAAACUGUGUGUCUGGAGUCUUUUGCCAUCUGGACUGUAGUGCCUCUAUAUUAUGUGCAAUUUGUUCCUCAGGUGUAGAAAUUCCUACUGCGAUUGAUUAUAUUUGAUUAUUUUGAGCCUGUGAAAGAUUUCUGAACAGUGAUUGCUCUGUUAAUAGCCCCUCGGAAGGUGUUCCUUGCUGAUAGCAGCAUCCUAUUUUACUUAUUAACUUUUAUAGCAUUACUGCGCCUGUUCAUGGGGAAAGAAGUGGGGCUAUGUACAUGAUCUAAAUCAUUUCUAAAGAGGUACAUUCUUCCAGAUGGAAUCAAUAACAUUUUUUUUUUCUGGUCCCCACACUUGUUCUCACAGUGUCACUGUUAAGUGACAUUUUUGUCUCUAGUAAUCCCGUCACCCUCUCCCUUCCAAAUUUGAGCUGUGCUGAACUAAAAAGCCAUAUGUGGGAUGUUGACAUGGGUAAGAAGCACUUUCAGAAUGUUGUCCUUUUUAAGAAAAAAAGUCUCAAAAUACCAAUUUUUAUUCCAAAAAUAAAGAGAACAAACCCAGAUAUAAAGUGCAGAUUGUAGCAUGGAGGGUUUCUUUUCCCCCUAAUCCUGUAAGACAGCUCCCAAAGGUUGUGUGAGAUUUGUGUUAUGUAAAUAGCCAUAUGAAAUCUGAAAGAAACACCAGGGACCAUUUAGAGAUUUGUGGCAGUGGACCAAAGAAUGAGCCAGGAGGCCCUCCAGUGUCCUUUCAUCUUCCUAGGAGAUCAGACUGCGCAUUGUCAAGACUGGGUUUCAACUAGUCGAAGAGCACUUUGUCCUGUUUCGAGGCUUGUCUGAUCCGUGCUUCUGUGCUUGGAGGAGAGAUGGCCUGGGUGCUAGACAUCAUGGAGAUUGAAGUAAAUGUACCCUCAGCCUGAAUUUCUUGGUUUGAAAGUCAAAAAGAAAAUAUAGAACUGCCAGCGUGGUUUAGGUUGUCACCAAGACAUAGAUGUUGUGCCCAUGUGCCCGCCCCGUGUAUUUAUACUGUACAUGUAGAGUCUAGAUUUAUAUACUGCAAUGUAAAAUAUAUAUAUAUUUUCCUUUUUUAAAGACAAUGGAAAUUCCAAGUAGAUAAAACAUAGCCUCAUUUAUUUAAUGCCACUUUAAAUGUCUUAAAUUUGAUUCCUGGUGGACAGCUGGGUAAUGCUUUUAGCUGCUCGCAUGCUUGUCUUUCUGCAUUUCCAUCAUCUGUUUACCUUUUGGUUAAACUAAUAAACUGGUUUGGGACUUGGUUGGCAUGUGCUGCCAAACCCAAA